CGAAGAUAUCACCGACACGCUCUUAUAAGACAGACUGUAAGAGGAUUAAGGGGAAGUGACCGGGCGUGAUUGCGUUAUAAUUUAUAGUAACCGUCACCUCGACCUUCCUCGAUGGACGUGCCCCUUUUUCCAGCACCACCGACAUUCAAGGGUGCACCGUCGCCUCUUAGUGAUGUAGUAGAUAUUGCAAAGUUCACACGCGUUCCAUUGCCCACGGUCGCCUGUCCUCGUAGACGAUAUGUGUCGAAAUCGCGACGCACGUCUGGACUCCAUAGGAUACAACGUUGUACUCGCAGGAACCUGGUCUAUCCUAACUCGAGGGACCAGAUCGGACACCGUGUCACCGAGUUCCGUAUAACAAUGACGGAACGACGACGCAGCAACAACGAAGAAGACGACGAUGAUGUAGUAUGUGCCAUCGGUUCGCCUACGACGAUUUCAGAAGAGUUUGCUCGGCGAUAUAAACCAGUAAUAGAACCUAAGAAAUCACUGAAAUCGGUAGCUAUUCAAACUAUAGUUGGUUUACCAUUACGACUAAGACUUUUGCCAUCUGUGAAGGACAUUAUUGAAGAAAGUGAUACAACUAAUUCAAAAAUAUCUUCCAGAAUAUGGAAGCAUAUUAGAUUUUUAGGAAGACUAUCGCUCUCAUUAUUCGGUUUAUCAUGGUUACUUACCAUUUGGGCAAUCGCUGGUGCGUUUGCCUUUUGUGCAACCGAAGGACCACGCGAGCGCGAACAAGUUGUGAAAUUAAAGAAUAUGCAGAAAACUUUAGCGGUCGGCCUGGCGACAGAGUUGAGACAAUUACGAACAGAACAAGAGGAGGACGUAGAGCCACUUUGGAGUAACAAAGUACACCAGUAUGUAGCAAAACACGAAGAAGUAUUGUUGAUGGCUGUCAGUGCUGGAUACGGCGAAAGUGGAAACGCGGGACAACUUUGGACGUUUCCUGGAUGUGUUCUCUUUUCCAUCUCCCUUCUCACUACUUUAGGUUUUGGUGCUCCGGUUCCACGCACUACGGCUGGUCGAACAGUGACCGUAAUUUUUGCAGCGAUUGGUAUACCCGCACACUUUCUUUUGAUUAUGAACUUUGGCCUCAUAUGGGCAUUACGAUUACAGAGAUAUGCUAUAGCCAGAAAAAAAAUUGAAUGCGAGCAAACUGAAGGACAAAUGACACCAGUGCCCAAGUGGGUCAAAAUUGUACCCUUCGUUUGUCUAGGUAGUUACUAUCUGAUGGGAAUUAUGUGUUUCGGAGUAGCUAGACACAGACCGAUUGCAGCAAGCGUUCUCUUUCCUUUGGAUUUUACGGCUGCCGGUGGUCUUUCAACGAUACUUGGCCACGUGAGAGUAUUGUACGGAUUUUAUCUGGAAGGAAUAGUUGCUAUUACGUCUAUUGCGCUUGCCGUAUUACGUGUAUCUGCUACACAAAACUUGACCAACAUCGGCCUUAAAUAUGGCUUACUGAUCGAAGCCUAAUUUUAUAUUUACAUACUUACAAUACUCGUUCAAAUUUUUCUUGGUCACGGUAUACGCUAUAACAAACAAUUAUGUCAAUUAAGUCGUAUAAAUUUACUAACUUUUGAAACGAAAUACCAUUAACAUGUUAAAUAC